GAAAACUUCCCUUAGAGUCGAGGUUACCUGCGUGGGUUGGACGCUACACCGUAUGAUAUAUUGAGGAAAUACAAUGUAUGGAAUUUAAUAUUUUUGAAUUGAAGAUUACAAAGAAAGGAAACCACAAAUGCCAAAAGAAGUUGUUUCACGCACAGUGUUACAACUAUGUAACCGGAGCUUUCAAAGUUGAAGUUCUAAUUAAAAACUAUACAGAAAACGUCCAUAACCUUUCAAUGACCGUUUUUGUUUUCAAAAAACUAGAUAUACACUAAUUUUUAACUCUCUGACUGUGUACUUUUCUCUGUUUUGCUCUAUUUUUUGCGACGAAGAUGAGUGCGCACGAAGCUUAUUCAGGGAGGGCGACCCUUUCCUUUCUGGUUCUAGUGCUCAGUGUCCCGCGCGGUUUGGCAUUCUCCGUCGCCGGACAAGUGAACACCUGUGAAGCCAACGGCAGUGUAUACUACGUGGGAGAAUGGUACUUUCUGGACUCGGACCAUUGCACGCAAUGCGAAUGUACCGCCGAGGGGUCGGCGUGCGCCAGGACGGAGUGCACUUCUCUCCCGGCAGCUUGUAUUCACGUUAGCCACUACCCGACCGACUGCUGUCCGAGGUGCGAGAGGAUAGGCUGCGAAUACAGGGGAGAUGUGUACGAGCUGGGAGAAAACUUCCAGCCCUCGGAGUGCGAGCAGUGCACGUGCGACAGCGACGGAAUCGCCCGCUGCCUGGUGGCGGACUGCGCCCCCCCGCCCUGCGUCAACCCCGUCUACCAGAAGGGGAAGUGCUGUCCGGAGUGCAGAGAGGGUCCAAACUGCUACACAGAUGGCACCCGGACCCGGGUGAUCCCGGGGGGCGAGCCCGUGUGGGUCGACUCCUGCACCAAGUGCCGUUGCCACGACGGCCAGGAAGCGGGCUACUGGGAGGGCAACCGCGUGGCCAUCUGCGCCCGAGUCCGCAACUGCACCCCCGAAGAAGGGCACUAGCCCAACUGAUAGACUCGAAACAAGAGCCUUCAAAGCGCUAACCCCUAGAUCUGCUACAGUGCAUAUCACGUGUAACCAUAUGUAUUUUUGCCCCCUGACCAGUACCACAGGGGCUGUUUUAGUUACCUGGAUGUUUAAAUGUGAUGCAGUAUUUCGGGCAGGUUACAGUAGGUUACCUCAUUCGGUACAUUUUGAAAGACGGUUAGUGUUUCAUCCACAAAGAAUGUUUCAUGUCAACUGAGAAAUUGUAGGACUGGAAAAGGAAACGUAGGAAGGAGAAAUGAGCUGUUCUCCACAGCUGCAUCGGUACAAGUAAGAAUGGUCAGAAGUCAGUGUAAGCUUUAUUAACUAUGGCAUUUUGGAUCAGUUAACACCUCCCAGUCAGUCUCUUUUAAAAAUGUAUCUUUUGCUUUUCUUUUAUUUAAAUGACAUGAAUGAUCCUCAACAUUAGAGCAUUAGAACUAGAACUUGUGAAUUCCAUUUCAGCUUCUAGUUUCAUGACUUUUAUUCUUCCUUAAGAGACCAAAGCGUAAAAGAACCAAAAAAAUUUAGACUGUAGAAAUUUGUUUGUAAAUGUGUAUGUGUGUGUCAUAAUACAUGUCCAUGCAGGCAUGGGAAUAGCUUGCUACUUAUAACUAAAGCCAUUUAGUUCGGGAGAUGAAAACACAUUCAUUAUACUCUUAUGUAGAUUUGAUGGAUUAUCUGAGCAAACCGACAGUUUCGGAAAAAUUCUGUUUCCAAAAAUAUAUCGGUUCCACUUCAUUGUCUUAAUUUUCAAAAUCACACAUUUAUACUUGUAUAACAACAACAUGUGACACAUUAUGCAGAUGUCUUUAGUCUUUAGAUUGCCUGCUGGUAAAACUUCAGGAUCACUGAAUACUGUAGUUUUUUAUUUCAUUUUUAUAUCUUUCAACUAAGUGGGUGAUGUACCUGCGUGCACAUUCUGACACUGUAGCAAAUGGAGACCAGUGUUCGGUUAUCCAUUCACACUUUCCCUUCUUCUAAUAGUAUUCCAACCCCCAAAUUUCUAUGUAAUUACACAGGUGUAUGCAGUAAUAACAUUGUGGUUACAUGGGUGUCAUUCGUACAAUUACUGUGUAAUUACAAUACCUGAAGCCCGCUAACAUAAGGUGUGAUAUUGACUGAAAGAAUUGCAGGUUUGAGAAAGAGCUAUGCGUAAUGUUCAACUGAAGUCACUCACAAGGCAUCCCGUGGUCUGUCUCCAUGCUGUUUCAUUCAUAAGGAAUAAAAUGUAUAUUUUACAGUAGAAAUGCAAUAUUGUAGUGUUUUUUAUUCGUUUGUUUUCUUUGCAUAUCUAUUAACAAUGUAUUUUUAGUUUUUAUGACUUGUAAAUAACCGUUUAUAGUGAAAAUUAUUAUUCCGAUCGCAAAAACCCUGGUAAUACAUUUUUCUGUUUCACCAAAUCAUUGUAGCUGACAGUUUUCUUUGGUAUGAGAAUGCAUUAAAAAGGGGAACCUGUCAAGAUUUGUUGUUUGUUGGAUUUGUCUUCAUAAAAGAUUCUAGUUAUAAAAUGCAUGCAAUAAUAUUGUCUGUAUCGUGAUGAAGUAUUUAAAGCUUCAUUAAACACUUAAAACAUAA